AUGUAUACUGCAAUUAUAAAUGAAGACAAUAAUGAAAAAUUAUGUAAAGCAAAUGACAUUUUAGGUAAUAAUUAUUAUCCACAAAAACAAAUUGUAAAUAAAGAAAAUUCUACUAAUAAUGUAUCAGAUAUUUCAUUAAAUGAAUUUUCCUACAGUGAAUCAAGUGAUAUACCUAAUUGUAUUAUAUCAGAUUUUGAAGCACCUUUGACUUUUCAUAAAUGUAAUUGUAGUGAAGAAGGUAAAUCCAAAAAAACAGUUUAUACCCAAAGAGGUAAUGUUAUAGAAUGGGAAGUAAUACAAGAAGAAAAUAUCUAUGAUGAUUUUAGUUUUCAAAUAAGUUCUUCUGAUGAUAAAUAA